UUGUACCAUACGAUUUUCUAGUAUAAAAUUUAUGACAUCUAGGUUUCGAAUGUGUGUAUCAGUUUGAAUUUGUUAUGACUAUUUAAAAUAGAUUUAUGUAACAAAUUACCGGAUUGAAUAUAUUAGUAUUGGGAACUGAUCAAAUCGUUCGAGACAUAUGUAUUCCGGUAUAUUUUGUAUAAAAAUAGUUGGGUAUUACAAAACAUUACCUUGUUAAAUUAAAUUUUUUUUGUAACAUAAUUUCUGUGUUUAGUAAUUAGUAUAGUAAGGAAAAAAUAUCAAAUCUAUACUAUUAAUUUUUUUAUAUUGAUACAACUCUAUACUAUUAAUUUAUAAUGAUUAAUAUCAAUUUUACACUAACAUGGUCACAUUUUGUUUUUUUUCUUGGUCCAAAUUCAAGAUAUUUGUCGUAAUGGGCCAUAUACAUUCAUCAUAAAUAUUUGUGUUGGGCCGUAAAACACACAAAUAUUGGUCCUGACAUUAUUUCAUAUUAUGUUUUUUUUUUAUCUGGGAAGAUACUCCUUUUUGUUCUUUGUCUGAAACCUUCGACAAUUUUCCAAUCUGAGAAAAUAAUCUUUGUCGGCCGAUCGACGAAGCUGUAUCGAAAUCCAUCCGAAAUCCACUUCCAUCGUCUUCGCUUAUACAUCAAUUCUUUGCAAAUUAUAAGAUCUUAAAAGAGAUUAGUAGCCAUAUUUCGAUGGUUUCUCAAAAGAAGAAGAAUAACGAAGAUAAGUUUUUUUAUCCAGAUUAUUGUAUAACUUGAGCACUUUAUUGCAAAAUGCUCCUGCUUCAUUAUUCUUUAGCUGAAUGUUAGAUUCAUGAUACAAAGUUCAAUGUUUGCAGGCGAAGUACAAUUUUGCGCACAUAAUUCUUAUGGAGCUGAAGCAGUAACAGUUCAAUUUGGAGCAUUCUUGAAAUAUAAUUUGACAAAUGAUCGGUUUGAAGUUGGAUUCUUAAGGAGGGAAGAGAUUUGGUGUUGUAAUUGGAGGUUUUCAGAGAUCUAUAUUUAAAAGGUGAAUAUUUACCAAGUCUUUGCCUCGGGUGAUGAUGAAGAUUUCGCCUCGGAGAACUUGUGCAACCGGCUCGGGUACACAGGAAGGAAUGGCUCGGGCACUCUAGGAUGGCUUGUUUGAGUACCCCGAGGCGACGGGCUCGGGCGCUCCGAGGUGAGUGGGCUCGGACGCUCCGAGGCGAUUAGGCUCGAGUACUUCCGAGACGACUGGGCUCGGGUACCCCCGAAGCAACUGGGCUCGGGUACUUGAGACGUCUUGUUCAGGUAUCCCCGAGGCGAUGGUCUCGAGUACCUCCGAGACGACUAGGCUCGGGUACCCCCGAAGCAACUGGGCUCGGGUCUCUUAAAUCGAUUAGGUGGAUAACCCGAGGUGGAUGAUGCGAUAUCCCGAGGUGAUCUCUGUAAAACUCCCGAGGUGUUCUAAGUCUGGCUCGGCGCCAAAGGAUGGAAUCCGACCCCAACAGUUAGCCCCCAGCUCGUUAGUUUGGGGAACCAAGCGUGACGAGCUCUAUGACAAUUAGGCCGAGCCGUUUACUUUGGACAGUUCGGUCCCUUUAAAUUUUUUUGGCGAUUCGAAUUCCUGUCGUUUCACCUUCUCUUGGCGUGUGACGGUUGGGAUUCCUUCUCGAGAAGUGGAAAGGCCUUUUCGCUGAUUCCCGAGAUUCAUGCGGAUGCGAAGUAUCCUACUCAAUUCGUGCGUACCCGACGCGCCUUAGACGCGGAUACGAUGUGUUUUAUUUGGCUCGUUCGUACCCGACGCGCCCUAAAUCUCUAUAAAUGUUAAGCCUCCGACUUAUUUUUUCAUUUCGCAAUUGCAAAGGAAAAAUUUCAAGGUUCGUUCUCUUCUCUCUGAUCUUGAGUUCUUGCAUUUUCUACUUUUUCCGUUAUAUUUCCGUCGUAGCGUCACCGUCGUUAGACCUAGGUUGAUUUCUCCGAUCUGUCAAGCUUUGUUCCUCCGAUCAACUUUUUCAAUUUCCCGAGCCAGAAAAUGUCUCUCUCUGAUUCCAGUGAUUCGCCCCGAGGUGACACUCAUCUCCCUGUCUACAAGAGAAAGAUGGUCUGGAGUUCUUCGAGCGACCCCGAGGCGGAUACCACGGACCGUCAGAUCGUGUUGCACCGUGGUAGUGAUGCAGAGUCGGCUUCACGGGAAGAAGACCCGAGCCGUUUCAUCGCUCGGGAAGACGCGAUUGCAAAUGUGGCUCGGGAUCAGGAUUUGCCUGACGAUCCCGAGGCGAUUUUGAAUAGGAGGGGGAUACAUCCACCGGCAGUUGGUGAAGCUGGAGUCUCACGCUGGCAAAAUGCCCCCGAGGCGUCUCUUCUUCCUAUUAAAGCCGAGGAGGUUCAUUAUGACUCUGACGAGGCGGCCAGGUUGCUUCAAGCUAAAGUCCAAGCAGCCAAGGGUCAACAGAAGAGAAAACGAGCCAAGAAAGCUAGGAAACCCGAUCCCCUGGGUUCCACCUUAUGCACGGAGGACUCCCUUCGGGAUCUCAAGGCCCGGUUCGGUUUUAGCGAGGGGGUUGAACUAAGACUUCCAACUCCGAAUGAGCGAGCAGACGAUCCGCCCGAGGGGUUUUUCACCCUUUAUGAGGGGUUCUUCUACCAUUGCUAUCUUUGGCUUCCAAUCCCGAGGCCGAUUUUGGCGUUUCUGUGGUCGUACAAGAUUGCUCUAUCCCAGAUAACGACCCGAGGCCUGCGGCAUCUAGUGGGGAUUCUAGUCCGAAGUAUUGAGACGGUCAAUAUUGUCGGCCUUAGCCACUUGAGGAAUCUCCUGGAGAUCCGGCGCAUACCAGGCCCCGUUGAGAGAUUCUACAUAUCUCCGAGGCCAAAUAGGAGGGUUAUCGGUGGUUUCCCGAGCAAGGAUGAGAAGUACACCGAUAACUUCUUCUACGUAGCCGUGAAUGAGUAUAGUGUCCACGAGGACUUCUUAGGGAAAAUUGUUGGAAAAUGGAGACAAAUCGGUACUACGCCCGAAGCCGUAUUUGCUGUUUCGUUUUGCUUUAACCCCUUUUUUUUUUGAACGUU